CCGAGCCGAGAGCAGCUGCCCGGUCCUGGGUUCUUCUUUACGGAAGAGUACAGAGUUGACGUUAGCUAAGGGGCUAACUGGCCGUCCGCCCCUGAGCCGGGUCGUCCUACUGGACCGGGAGGCAAAAUGCUGAUAGCAGUGAGCAGCGAACCGAGCAAGCAGCCCGGCAGCACGGGCAGCCGAGGGAAGAAGCAGCGAAGAAGAGGCAAGAAGCACCGGCGCGCUGCGGAGGAGGACCCCGCGGUGGAGAUCCGAUCUCAGAUCUCCACAACUGAUGACAUCACUAACCUCCUCGGUCUACAAAGAGCUCCCACUCCCCCGACAGACACUCUCCCUGAAAAACCUCAUGACAGCACACAGACGCCCACCAAACCUCCGCCAACACCCAAAGCCUCAACCUGCCCGCUGAUUCUAACCCCCACUGCCAAGCUUAUACGGUCCUGUCACAACAGCACCCAAAUCACCAGCCAAACGCCACCCAGCCCUGUUCAGAAUAUUACCCACAAUCCCUCUAAAUCACGUCCCAUAUCUACAGAGAAUAUUACCCACAAUCCCGCAGAAUCACCUCCCAUCUCUACUGAGAUUACCCACAGUCCCUUUGAAUCAUCUUCCAUAUCUACAGAAAAUAUUUCCCACAAUACUUCCAGUUCAACUCCCAUCUUUGCCCAGAAUAUUACUCACAAAUCAUCUGUGCCCUCUCCAGCCUUUCCUCAGGAUGACAUUGGUCUCUUGGCCAGAGGUCCCCCCACACCCCCACUGAGUCCCCCUUCCCCGGACCACUUUCUGCUGACCUCAGUGACUUUCACCCCCACCAUUGAAACCAACCCACCUCUCUUCGUCCCACUUUCCUCACCUCUCUUCCUCUCCACUCCGGGGGCUCAGACCAUCGCACCUUCUGUUGGUUUACCUCCUAUUUUAUCGUCCAAUUCCACCACACCAUUAGCUUCAGUUCCUAGACAAACCACUCCCCCACAGACCCUGAGCCCGCCCCCUCCAGAUUUUACCCCGCCCCCCCCUGAGCAGUUGGGAUCUGAUGAUGAGGAGCAGGAGGAUCCUACGGAUUACUGUAAAGGCGGGUAUUACCCGGUGAAGAUAGGUGAUCUGUUUAAUGGGAGAUACCAUGUGGUCCGGAAACUGGGCUGGGGUCACUUCUCUACUGUUUGGCUCUGCUGGGACCUGCAGAAGAAGCGGUUUGUGGCAUUGAAAGUGGUGAAAAGUGCGCCCCACUACACGGAAACUGCACUGGAUGAGAUCAAACUGCUACGAUGUGUGAGAGACAGCGAUCCCUCUGACCCCCACAGAGAAACCAUUGUCCAGCUGAUUGAAGACUUCAAGAUCUCUGGAAUCAACGGAGUUCAUGUGUGUAUGGUUCUGGAGGUUUUGGGCCAUCAGCUGUUAAAAUGGAUCAUUAAGUCAAACUAUAUGGGUAUUCCUUUGGUCUGCGUUAAAUCCAUCAUCAGACAGGUUCUACAGGGGUUAGACUACCUCCACACCAAAUGUAAGAUCAUCCACACUGACAUCAAACCAGAGAACAUCCUACUGGAUGUCAACGAGGUGUACAUCAGAAGAUUGGCGGCUGAAGCUACCCUAUGGCAGCGGGCAGGUGCCUCACCCCCAUCCGGGUCGUCAGUCAGUACGGCUCCCAGGGACAUGCAGGUGGGUAAGCUGUCUAAAAACAAGAAGAAGAAGAUAAAGAGAAAAGCAAAGCGACAACAGAGACUUUUGGAGGAGAGGAUGCUCCACCUGCAGAAGAUGGAAGUGGAAGAUGGAUUAGCAGCACCUCAGACAGAGGACAAAGCCUCCUGUCUGCAGGAGGGGGAGGGACACAACAGAAACACACUGAACUACAACUCUUCUCUCAUUAUCAACAGCCACACGUACUGCUCUGCAACUAGCAGCAAGUCUAGCCCGGAAUCAGGCUCUUCCUGGCUGGAGGAGAGUUGUAAUGGCCACACCCUGGGGCGCUUCUCCAGUCCUGCCUCUGGCCUAUCAGGGAUGUCCAGCUCUGUGAUCUCCGUGACCUCUGAGUCGACACUCUCCACUCUGUCAGGAUACUCCAGUGGACGAGACAUGUUUAGUGCGGCAGACUUCCUGAUCAGCCCCCUGGAUCCCAGGAAUGCUAACAAACUGCGUGUGAAGAUUGCAGACCUGGGAAAUGCAUGCUGGGUGCAUAAACAUUUUACAGAGGACAUACAGACCCGACAGUACAGAGCUCUGGAAGUUCUGAUUGGAGCAGAAUAUGGCACACCUGCUGAUAUAUGGAGCACCGCCUGCAUGGCAUUUGAACUGGCUACUGGAGACUAUCUGUUUGAACCCCACUCAGGAGAAGACUACACCAGAGAUGAAGACCACAUAGCUCACAUCAUAGAGCUGCUGGGACCCAUUCCACUGCCCUUCGCGCUGUCUGGAAGAUAUUCAAGAGAAUACUUCAACAGAAGAGGAGAGUUACGUCACAUCUCGAAUCUGAAGCCAUGGGCUUUAUUUGAGGUUUUGUUGGAGAAAUAUGAGUGGCCUCUGGAACAGGCUGCCCAGUUCAGUGACUUCUUGUUGACCAUGUUGGAACCGGUUCCUGAGAGGAGGGCCACCGCCUCCCAGUGUCUGAAACACCCCUGGCUUAACACCUAGAGAGACACACACGGACACACACAGAGCAGGUUGAGGACUUUUAGCAGCCAGCUGUUUGUGAUAAAGGGACGGAAAUAAUUUCUCCGUCAUGCCUCUGAUCACUACAGAUCUUAAGUCAGCUGUGGUUUCAUUUCCCUUUGACUUGCAUCGCUAACUUGCUAACUAGCUGCUGUGCUGAGUUUGUUUGGCAGAUCAGCAGGCUUAGCUUCUAAAAAUCCUUAACCUGGAGCCAACCAAACUGACGAUGAUGAAGAAGACUUUGUCCUCAGAGCAGUUUGACAUCUACUACAGUCCUCCACUAUGUCCUUUAAAGAAUUAGUGAUGGGCAGCAAAGAAACCUUUACUUGUUUGUUGUCACAUUUAUACUGGUGUGAUGUCACCUUUUAAGUUGUGUGAUGUCACAGCUCAACAGGUAUGACCUCAUGCUUGCUGGUAUGUAGUGUGAUAUCAAUAGAACAGCUGAUGUGGACUGUAUUAUUCUGACUCACCUUGUUAUCUGAAGUCAUGUAAACGUCUAAUAAAUAGUGCCUUGACUGUCCCCAUGAAAACGACAUGACAUUUUUUCUACAUGUGGUCGCCUGUGUGGAAUGCCUGUUUUUGUGAAAAUAAAAAAAUAAACUGCGUGAGCACUGA